CAGUUUGUUUUCAGCAUGCGCGCACUUCACUACCUUCUGCUGCUGCUCAUCGUGUUCACUGGGCUCGUGGCGGCGGCUCCCACUACGCGCCAACGGCGUCAGAUCGACUUGACGCUGUCGGCGGAUCAUGAUGACAAGGACCGCGAGACGGAGCUGGCCUUGGAGGCCAUAGCCGGACUCUGGAGCAGUGCUGACAGCCGCACCAAGAUCGACGGAUCAGCACGAGUGGUGCAUCGUCACAAUUCAAUGCAAUCUGGUUCGGAACAGGAUUGGCGUUUGGGUGUGCGUGUCGUCUUCACUUAGGCGUCACCACUUAUCCUGUCUCCAGACACAGGUCAAGGUUCCUGCGGAAUUACCAGUUGGCGUGCUCUCCCUCCGUUCGAUGGACAAUAAAUCUACUAACCGUACUGUUCGUGGAAGAUUCCUGAUAACUUUUUGACCUUCGACGAUAGACUUGUAAAUAGAACGUUCGUGAAUACAAAACCAAAA